GCAGACCAGCACGCCGUCCAUACUGAGCGCCGCAGAGGCUGCGUCGGCCCUCGGGCAGAAGUUCUCGAGCCAGAUGAAGAGCAAUACGGCGGCGGUGCACGCCCUCGGGGUGAAGGGCAUGAGCUCGCUACAGUCGGGCCUGAAGCAGGGCCUAGUCCCCUCAGGCGCGGAGAGCUCGGCGGCCCUUGCGGUGCGGAGUGCAGCCGAGCGGUGCUCGAGGGACGAGCUGGAGGCGCUCGGCAAGGAGAUGCAGUCGUUGCGCGAUCGCAUCCGAGCGGCGGGGGAGGAGGCCGACGACUUCCGCGCGGUCGCCGCCGACGCGCGGAAG